AUUUUUUAAAAAUUUAUAUUUAUACACUUUAUUUUUAAAAAUAAUAGAUUUUAAUGGAUUCAAUCAUAAAAUAAAAAGGCAUACAUACAUCAUAUCUAAUCUAAAGCUGCUGCUUUUAGCUCUUUAGUUUUAUAUCUUUAUAUCGUAGAACGUGUAAUGUACAUGAUAAAAUUUAUAAAUUGACACAUAUGGUCUAUCAUUAUUAGAUUUAUCAAGAUAUUCAAGCAGAUUUAUAUGAAGAUUAAGUGAUGGAAAAUUUUGCGGAUAAUGUAGCUAGGUUAUGUAUGGAGAAAUACAAUUUUCUAAAAGAAACUGGUAAACCUAAUGUCCAUGAAUGGACUGUGUUGUCUGGCAUCAUUUUAAAAAACACCGAUGGUUUAUUGUCUCUAGUAGCACUCGCUACUGGAACGAAAUGUUUAGGCGACUUGGAAUUGACAAAGGGUACUCGAGCUGAUAAAAAAAAAGAAGGUUCUCGAUUAAGCGAUUCGCAUGCAGAAGUUCUAGCCAGGCGUGCAUUUAUACGUUAUUUGUACGAGCAGAUCGACUUAACUUUGAGUGGCUCUGAAAGUGCAAUUUUCUCGCGAAAUAAUGAAAAUAAAAUAGAAUUAAAUAGCGGUAUAUCAUUUCACUUUUUUUCAAGUCAAACGCCUUGUGGCGAUUGUUCCAUUUUCCCUAAAUUGGAAACAAAUAACGAUAUUAACGAUAGCCUGCCUCCUGCAUAUAAGAUUAGACGUGUCAAUACUGCUGGACAUAUUAUCGCAGAAUCAAUUAAAGAUGUAUAUAGAACAGGAGCAAAAUGUGUAAAAGGAGAGGAAGCACAGGAUCCUCAUUUGCCUGGUAUUGAUUAUCAUAUCGUAGGUCCUUUGCGUACCAAACCAGGUAGAGGAGAUCCCACGAGCAGUUUGUCUUGUUCAGAUAAGAUAGCAAAGUGGCUCAUUCUUGGUUUACAAGGAUCACUCUUAUCAUUGUUAAUACCUGCACCAAUAAAGCUGGAAAGUAUCACGAUUGGAGGCGACUGUCCAUUUUCUCUGGAUGCCAUGGAACGUGGGUUAUAUAAGAGAUUUAACAAUAAGUUGGUCAAAUUCAAGAUUUUUCAAGCAAAAACUGCUUUUGUACACAAGAAAGGACAACAAAGAUUACAUCCCUGUCCAAUAAGUAUUAUAUGGUGUGCUGUAAGGAAUAGUGCAUUAGAAAUGGCAGUUGCUGGCAGAAAACAAGGAGAAACGAAAAAGAAAAAAGGCAAUAAUUUACUUGUAACUAGACGAAUGCUUUUGCAAAACUUGUUACAAAUUUUUGAUAAAUAUCAGAAUUACUACAGUGAAAUUAGACAUCCAAAAAAGAUUACGUAUUACGAUUGGAAGCAAUGGUCAAUAAUUUAUCAAAACAAGUGGAAACAAUUGAAAUGUCAAUCAUUUCAUAAUUGGCCAUGUAAACCGAUACAUUUGCAAAAUUUUACAUUAUGAAAUUAUCGUACAUACAAGUGUCUCAGAUACCUGUCUCUCUCAAGAGCAUAUUUUUGUACGCAGUAAACAAAAAUAAACUCUUCUUUCUAUUAUUUAUUA